AUGCGGACCGCUCUGGUACCUCUCCUCCUUGCGCCGCUGGCCCUCGCUGCGCCCGACAAGCUUGCCGCCUUCGAGCCCGCGCUUGCGACCCUCGAUCAGCUCACCACCUCGAACAACGACACCACGCCCGUCGACGGCAUCGUGGAGCUUCUCAAGCGCCAAAAUGUCUGCGGCAACAGUCAGUACCAGUGCAGCAACGCCGCCAGCCUGUGCUGCCCGCGCACCGCCAUCUGCUCCGCCGACAGCAACAACGUCGUAGGCUGCUGCCCGCAAGGCGCCGCCUGCACCGGCACACUCGGCACCUCAGCAACCGGCGCCGUCUCGGCAUCGACCACCUCGCCCUUCGUCACCGCCUCCACCACCUCGCCCUUCGUGCAGCAGACGACGACCGCCUCGGGCGCAUCAACGGUAUCCAACGCUUUCUACCCUUUUCCCUACAUCGCGACGACUUACACCAAUGCAGCUGCCUGCUCCAGCGCUUAUACGCGCUGCCAAAGCGAUGCUGCGAGCUGUACAAAUGCUCUGAUUGGAGGCGCGCAGGGUGUCACCAUCAGCGCGCCAAAUGGAGGCGCGACCAUCACCGCGGUGCCGAGCAUAGGGGCACAGAGUGCGAGCUCCAUCUGCUCGAGUCUGAGCCAGGAGGCGUGCUAUGGGCUGCAGGUCGAUGCGUGCCGGGCGUUCGAUGGGAGUGGAAACGCAGCGCCCACGCGGUGUGGAGGAUACAUUGGGGCCGUGGGCGUUGCCCUGGGCGUUGCCGGCCAGCUGCUAUGA